UUCGCCGUACUGAGUGCGAGUGGCGGAGGUACGCACGCCUUGAUCUUCUCUGCGUCCUCAAUACAGUGUCGAGAACCAGCUCCUUGUAUCAGUGGCCUGCCAUGGCCGGAUCUAUCGUUGCAAGCCGCCGUAUUCAUCAGACUCCAGAACGGACGCCUCAUGCCUCAUGUCGAUGGACCAUAAGCCAGAGAGACCAGUCCCCAUUCGUUCACCCCCGCCGAGUGUGGUGACAAACACAGCAUGCCGGCCCAGCCCGGCUUCAAUAACAUCGUCUUGCUCAAAGAGAAUUGAAUAUACCAGUAUUUAUCAGCGCCCUAUUACUUAUAGCAACGGACCAUACCUGUGCUCCUUACGCUGGCUGGCUGUCUUCGCUCCGUUGCCAGUCCAGGUAGGAACCCCCCACUUACUGUACCAGGUCUUGGAAUCACCGCCCAGAUCCAUAUGGUUCGAGUACCUUGGGAGACUGGGUGCUCUGUUAGUGCAGCCAAAAUUUCUCAUGUUAAAUUCAUCCUCUCGACUACCACUCUUAACAGAACCUGCUGAUGGUAGAGGUAUCGAACAAGUUCCCAACCUUACCCGGCAGGGAGUGUUGCAAGUUGACAACACAUUAUCGACAAUGCCUUCCUUGGUCAACAAGGCAGCUUCAUACUUUCUCCAGCAGCCGGCCAGUCAGCAGAAGAUGGAUACCAUCUAAGGGUACAGAACAUCUGCGACCAAUUGUCAAUGGCGCAUCUCCCGGAGGCCCCUGAGGUAGGGAUCACAGUCUCCUCGGCCAGACCGAAACACAACGGCAAGACCGAAACAUCACGGCCGAGACC